UUAAUAUGGAGGGCCAUACGGACAUGCUUUCUCUGCUGCCAAUUUGGGUGGCUCUUGCUUGUCCUUGCUGUAGCCCCCGGUAUGGUAAUGCAAGGCGGCAUGUGUGGCCUGUGUGUUGGUGGUGUAGCCACAGCUUAUCCAGGGGUAUUUCUGCAAUUGCUCUGUUCAGGCUACUCCUACACUACUCUGUUGGGAUGGGCUGUACAGGACGGGGCGUAAGACUUGGCCUAGAAAUUGUUCUAGCUAUUUAAGAUGGUGCUCUCUGGUCAGGCAGCCCUGGCAGAGCAACUAUGUGGGCACUCUUCAUCUGUGGGGUGCUCAAUGGCUUCCUCCUCUGCGGCUGGCAGGCCUCUGGCCUCCUGUACCUCUGGCAGCGUGUGCCUGUGCAGCUUUGCUCUGGAGGGCAGUAAUGAGGGCCUGAGCAGCCAAAGGCCUGGGCUGCUCUUGUGCUCUCUAGUGCAUGUCUACUGUUGAACUUUUUCAUCCAUCUUCAGUGGUGGUGUCCUGCAUGAGCAGGUGUUGGUGGCAGAUGAGUUAUUUCAGCACAUGCCCAAGAGGCUGUUCAGCUGUAGAGCCAGGGGAGUCUUCUGUGAUGGUGCAAAGCUCUCGUAGCUGUGCUUGUGUGAAGAAUGCUUUACCUGUCUAGCAUGCUGUGCUCUGUGUCAGGUAUGUGUAGUCAAGAUUUCUGCUGUAAGGGCAGAGUAGGUAAACACCUGUAACAAGGCAAGCUUUAACUUGACCAAAUCUACACUACACCUAAGGAGGCUUUUGGGGAUGUCCAGCAGAGAAUAUGGGGAGAGGGAAUGAUUGUGCAGUAACUGUUGCUUUAGCACCUCCAUGCCUCCUACUGUGCUGGCAGUUUGUACAUUUGCACAAUGAACUAGAUCCUGUAAAGCAACAUCCAUGGGCAAAGCUCAGCUCUGGGGUGCAGUGCAACCUGUGCUUGCACAAGUGGUGCCAUCUAAUCUGGUAGCUCUGAAAGAGGCAUCCCAGUGGUGAGCUUGACUUGCUUGGAGAUGCUAAACACUUCUGAGCUGGUGCUGCUUGAGCAUCUGCAGCAGGUCCUGCUGCUGUCCUGAGUGUGGGAGCUUCCACUCUGCAUGGGAAAGGUGAAGUGGCACUGCCAGGUAGGAGGUGAAUGCCAGUGCCCUUUUAGUCAUCUGUUAGUGGUGAACUUGCAGUGCAGUUGCACACUCUACAUGACCAAAUAAGUAUUGGCUAAAGGAUGUGUGUAGCUGUGUUUUGGCAUGUAAAUUUGACAAGUUGAAGCACUUGCAUCUGACCUUUUAGGAAGUUAUUGUAGGUGAGUUUUAAAGUGCAUAGUAAGUUCCUGUCCCUGACAUGAGACACGGCAGCUGUGGGCUCAGGCUGCCCUAAGCAGUUUACAUGGCAUGUGCCAGCACUGAGAACUGAUCAAGCUCAAAAAAAACCACAGUCCCCAGACAUAGUAGCCUAUCCCGGUUAUUUUUCAGCUAUGUGGUUCCCUACUGCAAGUCCCUCUUGCAGCCAUGUGGACCAUGUGUCAGAAGGUAGUGUAAGGGCUGGGGUGAGCAGUCAGGAUAGGUUCUGCUCUCACGGUCAUCAGGACACUGCUCAAUUUGUGCUGGACUUGGUGUACUGAGGGGCUGGGGGAACUGGUAUGGGGUUUGUGCCUUACUUAGCUCCUGUCCAGAUUCACACUGAAAGGCAGCUUGGUUGGCAACCCUGUCAUAGGCUCCCUAGCUGUCUUGUAGCAGCAGCAGUGUUACAGUGCUUCUCAGGCUCUUUGGGCAUAUAAAUGCUUUUAGAAACAUGGAUCUCCUUGUCUGUAACCACUCCCUUUUAGUUCCUUCUUUGAAGUGGAACUUUAACUGUUAAUGUGGUAAAUAUUGGGAUGUGUAAAUACAGGCACGUGUAAAUACUGUCAAUAAGGCACAUGGUGUAGGUGUGCAAUUUCCCCACAAGGAAUAUAGCUGGGCUCCCAGGGAUGCUCAGGACUGGCUCUGACCCCAUUGGAGACUGCAAGGCAGCUGGGACACUGCUCCUGGAUGCCCUGUGAGUGUGGUCAGCCUCUGCUGCAGGCAGAGGGACCUGUCUGGGGAGCAAAAGGAGCUGCUGGGAGGCUUAUGUCACCUGAAACACCCCUUCCCAUACCUGUAAUCAGUUCGCAUCAGGAUCAUUUGAUACUUCUCAGUUAAUUGUGCUAAAAUUAUGCAGGGAACAGAAGGCACCCUCUGAUGGGCUGAGCCAGAAUUGGUUGUGUCCAAUUGUUCUGAAAGAUCAAAACCUGUGUCAAGUGCUCUGUUGUGAGCUCCCCAGGGCAUGCAGGCAGUGCAGUUUGAGGGUGAAAGGUAAUGUUCAGAAGCAGCAGGUACCUCUGCCUGCCCUUGCAGUCCCCAAGUAGUCAAAGGAUUCCUGACAGAGAGGACUGGUCUCUAAUCUAGUACUAAAUUUGCUAAUAUGCUGGUGGCUAUUUUGGGGAUAGACUGUUAACUUUACCAUUUCUAUCUGUAUUGUUUAAUGAAAACGGUCUGUAUCUUCAUAUAUAUCUAUCACUGUCAGGUUUUGUUUGGGGAGGUUAUGUAUAGGACUGGGCAGUGCAGUUGGAGGUAGGAGCUUGCAAUUUGAGGUGCAAAACUUUACUAAGAUCAGGGAAUAUGGGUUGGAGCAGGGAACCCAAGGGAAUGACAGCCCCUGCAGUCAUCGGAGCUGUACUAGGAAAACACUUAGAAACUGGGUUUGGGUUUGUACAGCCCAUCUGUGUUGUUGGUUGGGUGACCUGGGAGGUAUAUGGGUCUGUGCUGGUGUAUGUCAACAUCUGCAUGUCAAGGGCUAGGGGAAAGGUGUGCAUGGAACAGGAUGGUGCAUGGGGUUUCAAUCUGAAGGACAGAACCCCUUUGCUGGAGACCAAGGACUAUGGGCUGGAGCAGGGAACCAAGAAGAGUGACAGCCCUGCUACCACUGGAGCUUCCCACACCACUGUACAGUAGUGACUUACACAGGGAUGCUUGGUUUGUCAUUGACAAUGUGGGAAAGGGACUGCCCUGUAAACAUGCCUCAGUAACACGCUAACUGACCAAGUCCAGGAGCAGGGACCUGUUUCCUUUUAAUAUGUAAGGUACAACUUGGGCAGGCUGACCUGGCCCUCCAUGAUGCAGAGUGGUGAUGGAGCUGAUCUGCUUGCAGCCUGGAGCAGCAAAGCUCCCUACCCAGCCUGCAGGACCAAAGCACAGCUGUGCACCACCACUGAGACACCAAGGCAAGGGAAGGGUAAUCCCUGUAGGUGCUGCCUGCACAGCACAGGGUUACCAUGAAACUGCAGCAGCCCUGAUCCUGCAGCUCCUUUCCAGGGGAGUAGGACUGCAGGGCUUGGCACACCACAGCCACACAGACCUACAAGUGCCUUGGGAGGAACCUGGCAGCAGCACUAAGUUUCCCCUUCUGGGAGUGUGGCCCUCCCAGGAGGUGAAAUGGGUGGCUGGGCAGUGCUGUACAAGGAAAGAGGAUGGUGUGAGCCUCUCUGCUUAUGCCUUGGAGCAGGGCAGUGUUAUAUGUGAUAAAGCUCCUGUGCAUGUCCAUGAAGGGGCUCAGAGACAAUAGUAGGAGGGGGACCCUCAAUCAUACCCUGCUGGACUACUCCCAGGUCUAUCCCAGAGGCCAUUAGCCCAUCACAGGCCCAUCUGCACAAGCCCAGAGCAGGGACAAGCAGGGACGCACAAUGGCAGGUGGGAGCCCAAGCCAAGAACCCCUGAGCACUGAACACCCUGUCCAGGCCCCUCUUGGGGUUGUCCCAGCAGAGCCUCAGCCCUGGUGUCCAGGUGUGACACCCAUUACCAUGAGCCAUGGGGAGCACCUCCCCAGAUCACCUUUCAGACUAAGGAGAUUGCUCCCAAGGGCUGGGACACAUUAUGGGGUGCAGGGGAAAAGCAGUUUGGGAUUAGACAGGACUUAAUGCGAUAUUUAUGGGAGGAACCAAAGGUGGGACAAGAAAGGGGUUUUGAUGAUUUGGGGAGGAACAAGAGUGGGGAAUACAGGGGUAAGGGAUAAAAGGGGGUCAGUUGUGUGUAGGUAGGUGGCUGGUCAGUGCACUUGUCUGGCCAUGCUCUGCCCAGUGCAGUCUGUCCUGUCUGGACAGCAACUGGAGUAGGACUUUGCCUUCAGGGGCUUGUAUGUCCAGGGGCCAGGAACUGGGCAGAGUGAGUGCCUCAGCGCAGCUGCUGCAGGAUCCAUCUUGUACAUGUAUUUUCACUAAUAGACUUCCAUCCUGUCAAGGCAGAGACGGGAGCAGGAUGAGGCCGUUGCUGCUGUCUGUGUUUAUGUGGGUGCUCUUCUGUGACCUGCGUGGCCAGCUACAUAUAUAUGUACAUCUAGUGGAUAUGUGUGCUCUGUGUGCCUGCUGGGAACACAUCUUCAGCCUCACUACUGGUUGGAUCUGGGGACAUGGAGCAGCAGCAGCCUCUCUACUCUUGGGCUGUUGCAUCCAGAUGAUGUAUUUUCCUCUAAUGCAUAGCAGCUAGGUUUUUAAGGUACUUCACAAAUGUUUGUUCCUACCAUCAGCAUCUAACAAACUUUAUGGCUUUCCAUUUUUAUAGGAAAAAACACCAGCCUGGUCCAGACACUGAAACUUGUCAACUGAUGGGACAAAGAACUGAGACACUUGGCUGUACUAGGACACUAAAACAUAGGGUUUAGCCAAAGAAAAUUUCCCCAACGUGGAGGCUUACACCUGCCAAACCCUGUAGCAUUCUUGGGAGGCUUUUCUAUACCUCUUCUCCAUUUCCAGCCUUUCACACAUCACGGUUCAUCAUGCCUAGUGGCAUAUAAAAAGACUCCACCUCCUGUCCCACCUCGGACCACAUCAAAGCCGUUCAUCUCUGUCACUGUGCAGAGCAGCACUGAAUCGGCACAGGACACGUACCUGGACAGCCAGGACCACAAGAGCGAGGUCACCAGCCAGUCAGGACUCAGCAAUUCUUCGGACAGCUUGGACAGCACCAGGACACCCAGUGUGACAAGGGGAAGCGUUGUGACUCCAGCAAGAGAGACUCCAGAGUUAUCCCAGAAAAAUGCAACUUUGAAAAGUGACAAAGGGACUCUGACUAGCGAAGAGCCUAAAGUGGAGAGUAUCCCCAAAAGAAAGCUGUCAUCUAUAGGAAUACAAGUUGACUGCCUUCAGCCAGUGGCAAAAGAGGAGCCUCCUCCACCAGCCACCAAAUUCCAGUCCAUCGGGGUACAGGUAGAGGACGAGUGGCGAAACAGCCACUCUCGCAGCAUGUCCUCCAAACAGGACACAGACUCUGACACACAGGAACCUAAUAAUUCUAGCUGUAAAUCAUCUGAGAGAAGCCUUGCUGAGUGCCCCCAACUCAACAACUCCGUUGGUGUUGAUGCCACCACCAGGCAACCAGCCAAGCCCUCACAGAUUAAGAGAAACCUCUCCUAUGGAGAAAACAAUGACCCAGCCCUGGAGCCUUCCUCUCUCCCUCCUCCUGACCCCUGGCUUGAGAUGUCCUCCACCUCACCAUCGGAACCCACACAGACAGGAGCCUGCCGGCGGGAUGGGUACUGGUUUCUGAAGCUGCUGCAGGCAGAAACAGAGCGGUUAGAAGGCUGGUGCCGCCAAAUGGACCAGGAGACCAAAGAGAACAAUCUCUCUGAAGAAGUCUUAGGAAAAGUCCUGAGUGCAGUGGGCAGUGCACAGUUACUAAUGUCACAGAAGUUCCAGCAAUUCCAUGGCCUCUGUGAACAAAACUUGAACCCUAAUGCCAAUCCCAGACCCACAGCCCAGGACCUAGCUGGGUUUUGGGAUCUCCUGCAGUUGUCCAUUGAAGAUAUCAGCAUGAAGUUUGAUGAGCUGUACCACCUGAAAGCUAAUAGCUGGCAAUUGGCAGAGACACCGGAGAGAAAGGAAGAGAAGAAACCACCCCCUCCAGUGCCAAAGAAGCCAGCCAAGUCCAAAUCUCAACUGAACCGGGACAAAGCCUCUGAUUCAGACAAGCAGCGCCAGGAAGCUCGCAAGCGUCUUAUGGCGGCCAAGCGGGCUGCCUCUGUCCGGCAGAACUCGGCCACAGAGAGCGCAGAUAGCAUUGAGAUCUACGUACCUGAGGCACAGACCCGCCUUUGAGCAAAGGGGCAAAGGAAGGAACCGCGUGGUUUUUAUAAGUCAUUAAAAAGGAAAAAAAAAAAGGUUCUCUCUAAACUAGUGUGAUUUAUUCAGUCUAGAGACAAUGAGCCAUCCUUGAAAAGGGCUCCUGAGUUGGCUUUUUUCUCUCAGCUUUAAGUAAUGAAGAUUUUAAAAAAAAAAAAAAUCAACAACAAAAAAAAGAAAAAAUACCCCUCGUUUUCUCACUGGCUGUGGUGUUGCUGAAUGGACUGAACAGACUCCUGGAAACUCCAGUCCCUCGACUUGGAACUUCAGUCUUUUUACUUGUUCUAUCUAAUGAGAAUUACUAGCUUGUUUACAAGAAGAGGACAAGAAAACAUGAAGCCUUGAGCACUUGCCAUGCUGUGUUCUUCCUCCUCAGUUCUGUUCUUCCUUCUCAUCCUUUAUUUUUUCCUCCUUCUGCUUCCUUUCUCCCACCCUUUGCAUGGCUUCGUUUACCGUGUUAGAAAUAACCUCUCUUCCACAGAGGUCCUGAAGAGAACACCCUUUCAGUGUGUACUACUAUUGCACUCUGCUAGCAAGCAGCCUUUCUUGGGUUUGUUUUUUUUUUUUCUUUUGAUGGGGAUAUUGGGGUGGGGGGAGGAUGGCUGGGCAGGGACAGGGCAAUGGGUUUGUAUUCCUCUGUUUUAUUGAAGUGAGAGGGUGACAGGGUCUGUGGAAUGUAAUGCAGAGUUGUUGAAACAUAGCCCAGAACCAAUGUGCAAUAAGCUGGCAAAGGGGGAAGGGACAGCACUUGGCUGGCUGAUCCCAAGAGAGCAGUACCCUACUCCAGGCACAGGAGGGGAGCUGAAGGACCACAGAGCAACUAUGGGCAUGAUCCACACACACUUCACUUUGAUUUUUCUCCUCUUCCCUUUACAAAAUUAUUUUCCUUGAAUUGCUUGUUGAGAAAGAAGCUGCUACACUGGGGGACCUGUUUCAAAGUGGAGGGGGGAGGGCUGGGGAGAGUGUAAUGGUAUUUCAAGGUGGGAGGACUGGGUUUUGUACAAACAGGAAGGCACAGGUAGCUGGUGGGUAGGCUGCCUGCCUGUAUGUAUGUGUACAUAUGCACAUAUACACUUAGUAGUACCUGUACAUUUAAUUCAUACACACAUAUACAUGCCCAUAUGCACAGUGCAGAUGGUGUACUAAAAGCACCUUGGUGAGAAUGGGCAUAUGUAUAGCAUAUAUUUUUACAUGUACUAUAUCUAGAUGUGUGUAAAAGUGUGUGUAAAAAUAUAUACCCUGUGUGUAAUCAGAUGACUAUUUUUUUCCUUAUCUCCCUGCUCUCUGGGUAGAGGAAAGUUUGCUAAAUAUUUUUUAGCCCAUUUUCCCGUUUGUAGGUCUCCUUUUCAGUCUGGCUUCUUGAAGCUAGAACUGCCACCAUCAAAUUCUUUGCCACCCCCUCAAACUAAGCAUUUGGCCCCAUCUUGAGUGAUCUUGCUGGGGAUUGAUUUUUUUUUUUUUUUUUUUUUCCUUUACUUGCUUGAAUGAGUUGGGUGAUUGUGUGCUACUUUCAGGGGGUGGGGGUAGAAUCCCAGAGAAGUUUCAGCAAGGGUGCUGGUGAUCCAGAAGGCAAAAAAUAAAUAAAAGUGAAAUCCUGAA